CCCAGGCUAUUAUAGGAUGGUAGAAGAUAAGAUGGGCCAUACAUAAAACCCACCCCAGCAUCACACCUCAGCUGGGAGUCCACAUAACAAUCGUUCAGACAUGGCAAGUAAGAAGGCCUCCAAUAAGAGACAGAGGGGAGGACAGAAGUCUUGCUCCAAUGUCUUCUCCAUGUUCGAGCAGUCCCAGAUACAGGAGUUCAAGGAGGCUUUUGGCUGCAUUGACCAAGACAGAGAUGGAGUUAUCAAAAAACAAGACUUGAGGGAGACGUAUGGACAGCUGGGGAAGCUGAAUGUCAAAGACGAGGAGUUGGAUGAGAUGUUGAAUGAGGGGAAGGGCCCCAUCAACUUCACCGUGUUCCUGACUCUUUUUGGGGAGAAACUCAAUGGUACCGAUCCUGAAGACACCAUACUUGCUGCCUUUAAGCUUUUUGAUCCCAAUGGGACGGGCUUUGUCAAUAAGGAUGAGUUUAGGAGGUUACUGAUGAACCAAGCUGAUAAAUUCUCAGCAGAGGAGGUGGAUCAGGCCUUUGCUCUCGCUCCCAUCGACCCAACUGGUAACAUCGACUACAAGUCGCUCUGCUACAUCAUCACACAUGGAGAUGAGAAGGAAGAAUCCUAACAAGGGCCAUUAUCUGUGGUCAGGUCAUACAGGUCACCAGGCAGCCCGAUGAUGAUGAUGGUUGUCAUUCAAAUUUACGAAUGUUUGAUGGAAUAAUGUUGGAAUUUCUUGAUUCAUUCAAACUCAACUGUUCAAUGGUUAUAAAUGCUACAGUUCUGCUUGUGUUAAAAACUGGCUGAUUUGUUUAUGAGAAUAAAGUGUUGGUUCCUCAAAAGCUUC